AUGACCCUGGAUGUGCGUAAAUGUGACGAGAGAUCUACCGGCGGAAACCCACUCCAAGAUAGGGCUGUAGCGAAGAGAGACGGUAUCUUUUCAUCUGUUCUCUGUCGAAUCUCACAGCUUUGGCCUGUCAGAUUUACGAUGCGUGCUCUUCGUGGCUUCUGGUGGCUGCUUGGCUGGUCGUCUCCAGAGAAGGCCCUCCCAGAUCCCGCUAAAACGGAGGGAGAUUCGCCUCCUGCCCGACAGUGUAGAGCGGGUAGGAAACGUUUGCGUUGGGCCACACGCUUGCUGUUGACCCUCUUACCCCGACGAAUGCAGAGCGCGUUGGGUUACCCUGUCUGCACCACAAUUGGGUGUCAAGUGUCCCCAGAUGUGAGCUGCUCCCCUACCAAACCGUGUGGAAAAGGUAGCAAAAGGAAACAGGAUGACAUUGACGAGGAGGAUGAGGAGCCACAGGAGCAGCAGUCGUGGGUAGAGGCGCUCAAUCAGGAGCUUGCCGACGAAGACCAAACCGCAGAUCCUGACUAUGAGCCCACUACCAUUGAGACCGACAGUGAAGAGUACCGGACACACAAUGACACUGAAAGUGACCUUGAAAUCGAUAAGGGCGUGGCCGUGAUCAAAGAUGUAGAGACGCCCAUUCCGGUCUUGUCUCAUUUUUCCGGGAGUCGACCAGCUGUCCCCAAAAUCCUGCCGCGCUGUCAGAGCGGGAGCUUAGCGCCUGGUGCAGGAGACGAUGCGGACAGGCAGAGUGCCACGGGAUUAGACGAGCCCUCUGAAGUAGGCCACUCAGCGAGCCAGAGCUGA